AUGUCUUCACAGAAUAUCAAGUCUUUGUUAUUGGACUUAGUGAAUGAACACCGCCAGUCUAUCCCAAGCCCAAGGCAUAUACCCCCACGUCAUCGUCAUCAUCGCCAUCAUGAAGAUAAUGCCCAAAGGCAAGCCCUCAGACAAACCGCCCAGGAAACCAUCGGCAUUCUCCCAGUUCUCCUAAACCGCCUCAACUCCGUCCAUGAGGCCGAAAAAUCCAAGAAAUUAUCGUGGAAUUCCCUCAGAAGCUUACACCCCAAUGACUGUCCCCGCUUCCCAUCGCCCGCGACGAUCAAAGUCAUCAACGACGAUACCCUCAACGCUGCCGUCAGACUGUUUGAGUCUGCACAAACACACCGUCUUCAUCCAAGUCCCCCGAACCCCCGUCCAAUAAUAAUCAACUUCGCCAGCUACCGAAGACCAGGCGGGGGCUGGCUAAAUGGCGCGAUGGCACAAGAAGAAUCAAUCUGCUAUCGCAGCUCAUUGGCGCUAAGCCUCGACAGCAAGGAUUACCCGCUUGCUCUAGACGAGUCGAUCUACAGCCCCUACGUCUUGGUAAUACGGAGUGACCUUGCCUCCGGACACACUCUGCUAGCGUCUCCCUCUACCCCGCCAGAGGAUCUUCCAGUUGUCAGCGGGAUUACGGUCGCCGCUCUCUAUCGACCUGCAAUUCGGACACUGGUGCUAAAUCAUUCUCAGAAACGGAGAGGGGGCCAUAGCCCACGCUCACACCACAGCUCACCUUCAGCCCCUUCCUCAAUUCGGCGUACUAAACAAGUCUUUGCCCGAGACAAGGACCGCAAUCUUACCAAAUCCAAAAUGAGGCAAGCACUUCGUAUUGCGGCGACCAAUGGGCAUGGAAUGCUAGUCCUCGGUGCUCUGGGCUGUGGGGUCUAUGCGAAUCCUCCAGCUGAGAUUGCGCACUGCUGGUUAGAGGUUCUAAAGGAGGCUGAGUUUUGUGGGAACUGGUGGCGCGAGGUGUGCUUUGCUGUUUAUGAUCCGAAGAACGAAGGCAACUUUGCGACCUUUGAGCGGGUGUUGGCUGGGAAGAAGGUUUAG